AUAUAAAUGGUAAACAUUAGUAUGCCACACAAUAAAAGCCGGCUCGUUCAACGGAAGUGAAAGGUAGUCUAUUUACUUCCUUGCUUUGGGCUUUUCGUUCUUUUUUUUCAUCUACUACUUGCAUAAACAUAGACGAAAUCGAUUUUUUUGACUGCAAAUAUGGUAACAACAAUGGAACAACUGGCACAGCCCUUAGACGUGUGGUUGGACUGUGAUCCUGGACAUGAUGACAUUGUUGCUAUUAUGAUUGCUUCAUAUGCAGAGAACUGCCAUUUGCUUGGAGUGAGCACGGUGCACGGUAACAGCAGUAUCGAACACACAACACAUAAUGCAUUGGCUGUCCUUGAGUUGCUUGGUAUCGGUGUCCCCGUUUACCGAGGGGCACCCAAACCAUUGAUGCGGGAAAACAAACUCGCUACCCAUAUCCAUGGCGAGAACGGGUUGUCUAACACAAAACUUUUGCCCCCCAACCCAAAGAAGUCUGCGCAGCCAAAUGCGGUUUUCAACAUGUACAAGGCAAUUAUGGACAAUCCACGUCCGGUAGUGUAUGUGGCUACUGGACCGUUAACAAAUGUUGCCUUGUUGGUGUCUACAUAUCCCGACGUUACUAGUAAUAUCGAGAAGCUUGUGUUUAUGGGAGGAAGUACUGGAGUAGGCAAUAUCACAUCACAAGCCGAAUUCAACAUGUAUGCAGACCCUGAGGCCGCUCGCUUAGUCGUUGAGGCGAACUCCCUUAGGGGGAAAUUGUACAUGGUUCCAUUAGACGUCACUCAUACUGUGCUUCUUGACCGUGCUACCCUGCAGAAGCUUCGUGAACACCCGUCACCUUUCGCGGCUCUGCUGGUUGAUGUGAUGACGGCGUUCAGCGACACAUACGAGAAGACGUACGGGUUCAAAGAAGGCGUUCCUGUGCACGAUGCUUGCGCCAUGGCUGCCGCACUGUGGCCGGACAUGGCCGAGUUCAAACCAAUGACCACUUCAGUGAGUUUGGAUGCAUUAACACUCGGACGAACGGUCUGCGAUGUUUGGGGACAAAUUGCAGAACCCGUCAACAACGUCAACAUCGUUUUCAGGAUGGACGUUCCUCGGUUUUGGAGUAUGAUUCUGGAAAUUGUACGUCGCAUCCAAGACCGUCGCCAGUCGGUUUUGGAAAUGCUUGUUUAGAAUGCAUAGUCAGGGGCGGUACGGCCGCGAGCUGCUUUUGCUUCCCUGACGAGCACACGUUUUUUCCUGUACUCUUAUUUGACUCCAGUAGCCCACCCAUGCUCCUGGAGACCUUUUUGUGACCUAGAAGUUAACUUCAAACCGCCCUGGCUCCGCUAAGGGUUGUGAACGGGGGGAAGCUACACAUCGUUGCAACAUCCAGCACGGUGUUUACCUUAUUGCUAGCGGCUGUGAUCAACUCUUUUCCGUCGUUCGUUUUUAUUAGGGGAAUAAUUUCCAAUACGCUAUACCAUGUAACACACACAAAACCAAAAGCUGAAAAGAGGAAUAGGGAGGGAAUAAUUGUAAACGGGAAGAAUAUAAGGGAAAAAAGGAACAGAGUUGGG